GCUUGCUACCAGGACCGGGAGAGGGAACUGGGAGCGCUGGUGGGUACUGGGAGCGCUGGGAGACGCGGGCACGGCGCACAGGGAGGGGUCCCACAGGUGCUCCCAGAGCCAUGAAGACCCUCCUGCUGCUGUGGGUGGCCCUGGCCGGCGCGGGGGCCCAGCUGCCCUGUCCCCACGGGGGACCCUGCCCCGUCACCCCGGCCCUGCCUGCCCCCAGUGCUCUGGGAUGCCAGUAUGGCUCAUCGUGCCCCGCCAGCUGCCAGCUGCCAGAGAGUGUCCCCUGUGCUGGGGGCCACCGCUGCUGUCCCCGAGGGUCCCACUGCAGUGCUGAUGGGCAGUCCUGUGUCACAGACCUGGCCCCCCGUGCUGUCCCCUGUCCUGACGGCCAGUCCGAGUGUCCCGACGAUGCCACGUGCUGUGUGACGAGCAGCGGUGCCUGGGGGUGCUGCCCCAUGCCCCAGGCCUCAUGCUGUGCUGACAAAGUGCACUGCUGUCCCCACGCCACCGUCUGUGACCUGACCCGCGGGCGCUGCGUGUCCCCUGCCGGUGACACCGAUGUCCCCAUGGGCACAGCCUUCCCCGCCUGGAAGCGCCACCCGCCCGCCCCAGUGGCGCUACGCCAGGUGCUGUGUCCCGAUGGCCGCUCGGCGUGUCCCGACGGGGCCACCUGCUGCCAGCUGUCCCCAACGCAGUAUGGCUGCUGUCCCCUGCAGAACGCCGUGUGCUGCAGUGACGGGCAGCACUGCUGUCCCCAGGGCACCACCUGUGACCUGGUCCACUCCACCUGCACCUCCCUGGGGGGCUCUGCCUCCCUGGCAGCCCUGCCCACAGCUGGUGACAUCAAGUGUGACGAGAGGACGAGCUGUCCCGAUGGGAACACGUGCUGCAGGCUCAGCUCUGGGGCCUGGGGGUGCUGCCCCCUCGAGCAGGCCGUCUGCUGCCCCGACCAUGUGCACUGCUGCCCCCAGGGCUACACCUGUGACCCCGAGGGGGGCAGCUGCCUGCAGGGGGGGGGCUCCCGCCUGCCCUGGGUGCAGAAGAGCCCAGCAGUGCCCCACGGGGGACAGGUGACAUCGGGGAAUGUCAAAUGUGAUGAGACCACGAGCUGUCCUGACGGGAGCACGUGCUGCAGGAUGGGCCAGGGCACCUGGGGGUGCUGCCCCUUCAGCCAGGCCGUCUGCUGCCCCGACCUCGUGCACUGCUGCCCCCAGGGCUACACCUGUGACCCCGAGGGGGGCAGCUGCCUGCAGGGGGGGGGCACCCGCCUGCCCUGGGUGCAGAAGAGCCCAGCAGUGCCCCACGGGGGACAGGUGACAUCGGGGAAUGUCAAAUGUGAUGAGACCACGAGCUGUCCUGACGGGAGCACGUGCUGCCGGCUGAGCCUGGGCACCUGGGGGUGCUGCCCCCUCGAGCAGGCCGUUUGCUGCGGGGACCACAAGCACUGCUGUCCCCGGGGCUACACCUGCAAUGUGGCCACCGAGAGCUGUGAGAAGCUGCUGGCACCCACCCCGCUGCUGCCAACCCCCUCUGCCCCCCGCCCGGCCCCCUCUGCCCCCCGGCGGGCACCCCCCGUGCCGCUGCGAGCCGCUGGCACCCGCCCGGGUGGCCUCGUGCCCUGCGGUGCCACUGGCUCCUGCCGCGGGGGCCAGCGGUGCUGCCAGGCCCGGGGAGGCUCCUGGGGGUGCUGCCCCUUCGCCCAGGGCUCCUGCUGCUCCGACGGCCGCCACUGCUGCCCCGCGGGGUCCCGCUGCACUGGAGGGGGCUGGGGGUGCAGCCCCCAACGCUGGGACCUGCUCUGAUGGCACUGGGGACACCACCAGCACCAGCACCCACCCCGGGUGCCACCACCCCAAUAAACGGUUUCUAGGAGAAA